ACAAAGAGAGAGAGGAAAAAAAAAAAAAAAAUCCUUCGUCCUUCUUUUAGAAUAAAACCAGCCCCCGAAAAACAACACCAUCAAAAACUUUGGAACCUAGUAGAAGAAUCCAGGGGUCCUCCUCGAUCCCUAUUCUCGGAGGGCUCCCUCGUCCUCGUCCUCGUCCUCGUCGUCCUCCUCCUCUGCUCGAUCGAUGGAGGGCUCCUCCCCCUCGGCGCCGCCCCUCGCUUGGCACCACUUCUUGGAUCGGAUGCGCCACCCCUCCGCCGCCGAUCUCGUCAGAUCCAUCAAGAGCUUCGUCGUAUCCUUCUCGAACGCAGCGCCUGAUCCGGAGAAAGACAGCGCGGCGGUGCAGGAGUUUCUCGCCAACAUGGAAGCUGCUUUCAGGGCCCACACACUUUGGGCUGGCAGUUCAGAAGAAGAGCUAGAAAAUGCUGGUGAGGGUCUUGAGAAAUAUGUCAUGACGAGGUUAUAUAAUCGGGUAUUUGCGUCAGUUCCUGAAGAUGUGCACAGCGAUGAGGAGCUUUUCGAGAAGAUGGCUUUAGUGCAGCAAUUUGUCAAACCUGAGAAUUUGGAUAUAAAGCCAGAAUUUCGAAACGAGCCAUCGUUGUCGCUUGCACAGAAGGUACUGCAGAAGAUUAACACUUACAAGGCUCCUAGGGACAAAUUAAUCUGCAUCCUUAACUGCUGCAAAGUCAUCAGCAACUCACUGAUAAAUGCUUCUGUUGUGUCGAACGAGGGCCCUCCGGGAGCUGAUGAAUUUUUUCCGGUGCUAGUUUACGUCACUAUAAAGGCGAACCCUCCACAAUUGCAUUCAAAUCUACUGUACAUACAACGUUACAGACGUCAAUCACGAUUGGUCUCUGAAGCAGCAUAUUUCUUCACUAACAUUCUCUCUGCGGAAUCGUUCAUUUGGAACAUUGAUGCACAGUCACUUUCCAUGGAUGAAGUCGAAUUCCAAAAGCAAAUGGACUCCGCUAAAGAUCAUUUAUUAGUACUCUCAACCAACUCAGAAAAUCACAGAUCGGAAACAUUGGAUGCUACCGGUGAUUCCGAACUAAAAGAUGAAAAUUCUGAAGCAAGCAAGGACUUAGAGAAUUUGGAUGGAAAGGAUAAAUUAAUUAUGAGUGGGCCAUCGACCGAAGAUUUAGAGAAGAAAGGAAGCGUUGAGCUUCUCAUGGACGAUAAUGUGAGCAGAUAUUUUCAAGAUUACCCUUUUCUAUAUGCUCAAGCUGGAGAUUUAACAGUAGGUGAUGUAGAAAACCUCCUCGAUAAUUACAAACAACUUGUUCUUAGGUACGUUUCUCUAUCCAAAAGAGCCAGCAUUAUAAGUGAAACACCAUCAAAAACUGAUGAAUGUUGAGGAUUCUCAAUUUGUUAAGUAUACUGGCAUAAAUGAUAAAAAACAUGAAAGGAUUUGUAGAUAAGAGGACACAUUUCAAUAAGAAUCUUAAAGCCAGUAAAUGGACAUUCCUACUUUAUUCUAUACUUGGGAUGAAGAGAAAUUUUCUUCUACUGCUGGAGAGAAGUGCAGAAGUGUAGUAAGCAGCUGUAUCAAAAUUACGUCUAUCUUGAUUUUUAUGUUCCAGUAAUCAAAAGUUGCUAAGAAUAUGAAGAGAUCCUUCUUGGGUUCAGCUGGAAUUGAUCUCAGAAGCAUCUUGUCACCCACAUGCUGUUCGGAGAUGCGGAAUGUAUAGAUGUUUGUUUGUUCAUUAUUGUUGUGGUAUGGUUUUGAACCCUUGGUUUAAAUUUUGAUUCAGGGCAUCUGUUUCGAAUUAUCUUGUAUCUUGGCUCGAAUUAUCUUGUACCUUGUCUUGUAGGUUCAAGUUGCUCCUAGAAACCAAGGGCUCCGAUUAUUCGGAGCAUCUAUUUUGAUACACUAAACCUUCAAAAAAGGGGGGAAAAAGAAAAAAAAAUCCCUCUGUGACAACAAGUAUCAGUUAUUGAAUUUUUAGCUGCCUUAUUUUAUAUAUGUUUAAUUUUUUUUAUUUUGUUUAAUAAAGUUGAGUUUAUAUGUA